AUGAGAUUUGCAACUGCCCAACUCGCUGCCCUCGCUUACUACAUUUUAUCCACUGAGGCUACUUUCCCAUUAUUGGGUGACAUCUUUAAUUGUAUUCCACACAACACUCCUCCUGUCUGUACUGACUUGGGUCUUUACCACGAUAGCUCCAUUUCCCUUGGUGGUUCCAAGAACAAGAGAGAAGCUGAAAUUGCCAAUAAAGAUGGUACAAUUGAAAAGAGAACUUUUGGAAGCGCUGGUGUAAAUGCCGGUUUCAAUGCCGCAUUUGUCGUGUCUAAUGCCAAAAAAUUAUCUGACGGUUCUUAUGGUAUUGAUUGUAACUUCAAGAGUGAUUCUUCUGUCCAAUUGAACCUGGCCUUUGGUAAAAAAGUUAAACAAUUGAGUAUCACUGGUACUGGUUAUUCUGAUAUUUCAUUAUUAGGAAAUGUUGCUAAUCCAUUUGAAUGGUCAGCUUCCUUGAAAGUCAAAGCAGAAAUUGUUAAAGGAAAAUGUUGUCUUCCAUCAGGUUUCAGAAUCGUUACAGAUUUCGAAAGCAACUGUCCUGAAUUUGAUGCCAUCAAACAAUUUUUUGGCAGUUCUCAAAUAAUUUACAAAGUCAAUGCCGUUUCUAACGCAAUUGGUACUUUUGAUGCUUCUGCAUUAUUCAAUGCUCAAGUCAAAGCCUUCCCUGCCAAGAGAGAAUUAGAUGAAUUUGAAGAAUUAAGUAACGAUGGUGUUACUCACAGCAAGAGAACUUUGGGUUUGCUUUUGGGUUUGCUUAAGAAAGUUACUGGUGGAUGUGAUACUUUACAACAAUUCUGUUGGGACUGUCAAUGUGACACCCCAUCUCCAUCAACUACCACCGUAAGUACUUCAUCUGCUCCAUCUACUUCCCCAGAAUCAUCUGCUCCAUCUACUACUACAGUUACCACUUCAUCUUCUCCAGUUACUUCUCCAGAAUCUAGUGUUCCAGAAACUACUACCGUUACUACUUCAUCUGUCCCAGAAACUACUCCAGAAUCAUCAGCUCCAGAAACCACCACAGUUACUACUUCAUCUGUUCCUUCUACUACCCCAGAGUCUUCUGCUCCAGAAACCACUCCAGAAUCAUCAGCUCCAGAAUCUAGUGUUCCAGAAUCAUCAGCUCCAGAAACCACUCCAGAAUCAUCAGCUCCAGAAUCUAGUGUUCCAGAAUCAUCAGCUCCAGAAACUGAAACUGAAACCACUCCAACUGCUCACUUAACUACUACUACUGCUCAAACUACUACUGUUAUAACUGUUACUUCAUGCUCUAACAAUGCUUGUAGCAAAACUGAAGUAACCACAGGUGUUGUUGUUGUCACUUCUGAAGAUACUAUUUACACUACCUUCUGUCCAUUAACUGAAACCACCCCAGUUCCUUCAAGUGUUGAUUCUACUUCAGUCACUUCUGCUCCAGAAACCACCCCAGAAUCUACUGCCCCAGAAUCAUCUGCUCCAGAAUCUAGUGCCCCAGAAUCAUCUGCACCAGUCACUGAAACACCAACUGGUCCAGUUUCCACUGUUACUGAGCAAUCAAAGACCAUCGUCACCAUCACCUCAUGCUCCAACAAUGCAUGCAGUGAAUCUAAGGUCACCACUGGUGUUGUUGUUGUUACAUCUGAAGAUACUGUUUACACUACAUUCUGUCCAUUAACUGAAACUACUCCAGCUACUGAAUCAGCCUCAGAAUCAUCUGCACCAGCCACUGAAUCAGUCCCAGCUACUGAAAGUGCUCCAGUUGCUCCAGAAUCAUCUGCACCAGGUACUGAAACCGCUCCAGCUACCGAAUCAGCUCCUGCCACCGAAUCUUCCCCAGUUGCUCCAGGUACUGAAACCACUCCAGCUACUCCAGGUGCUGAAUCAACUCCAGUUACUCCAGUUGCCCCAGAAUCAUCAGCUCCAGCUGUUGAAUCUUCUCCAGUUGCUCCAGGUGUCGAAACUACUCCAGUUGCACCAGUUGCUCCUUCUACCACUGCAAAAACUAGUGCUCUCGUCUCUACGACUGAGGGUACUAUUCCAACUACAUUAGAAUCUGUUCCUGCCAUUCAACCAUCUGCUAACUCCUCAUACACUAUUGCUUCAGUCUCUUCAUUCGAAGGUGCUGGUAACAACAUGAGAUUAACUUAUGGUGCUGCUAUUAUUGGUCUUGCUGCAUUCUUGAUCUAA